GUGUGUGACGUCAAAUUCCUUUCUUGUCCAUGUUUUGUAUUUUGAUAAUUGAGAAAUGUUAAUAAAUAAAAGCAUUUCAUAAGAAUAGAAUACCAUUUACCAAUUCAGUGUGUGCCCUCUACUCUUACAUAACAAUAAGUUAGCAUAAACCCACCAUAAUGAGUGCCACGGGCUCCGGAGAAGGGUCGUUGACGGCGAAAGAAAUGACUUUCGCUGAGAAACAAGCGGAGAGAAUGAAACGAUUGAAGUCGCUGCACUCGGCGAGGAACGAGGCUCGCACGCAGAACCACCAGGAGGUCGUGGCGGAGGAGGCGCGCAACAAGCUGCCCGCGAACUACGACGCCAAGAAGCGCCAGGCGGAGUGGCUUGUCAGCGACCAGCGGAGCCGCGAGGAGGCGCAGGCGCAGGGCCGCGACUACGACCGCGUGAAGCUGCUCAACAUCUCCGCCGUCGAGGCCGAGCGGCUCGACCGCAAGAAGAAGAAAAAGAACCCGGACCAAGGCUUCUCUACAUAUGAACAGGCCACCAUCCGACAGUACAACAGACUCGUCAAAAACAUGCCCGCGCCCGACCUAGAUGAGUAUGAGAAACAAAAACAAAAGUAUGGAGAUGCAUUCUACGGAGGACCUAAUGUUAUUAUACAUGGUAUGCACCAGGACCGCAAAGAAGCUAUUGACAAAAUGGUGAAUGAUGUUGAGGGACAAAUUGCCAAAAGAUCCAAGUACUCAAGGAGACGCACACACAAUGACGACGCAGACAUUGACUACAUCAACGAGAGGAAUGCCAAAUUCAACAAGAAACUUGAGAGGUUCUAUGGAGAACAUACAGCAGAAAUUAAACAGAAUCUGGAGCGUGGUACAGCAAUAUAGUACUGUAUUAAAGUUACAGUGAUAAGCUGGAAGUAUUUAGUGAAUGGAUUAGGAAUCAAUUAAGCAAUAAAAGACCUGAAAUUUUAUAAGCAGGUAAUACAGUGGGCAAACAUACUUCAAUUGCCUGCCACUUAUGUGCAUUGUGUCUAAGUACCUGCAAUCAGUUUGCAUAAUUAUUUGCAACUUUCAUAGAAAGAGAUCAUUUACCAAACUACAUGUAUGUAUAGAAACCUGCCAAGGUUAGGCAAUGUUAAGUAUAAGCUGCUGGUGUUCCAGUUGAAAUAAAUAAAUAAAUGUUUCUUUAUAGCCUGUUGGUGACAAACACUAGAGUUCUAGGUUUGUUGUCUAAAUAACAUCAAAUGCUGACUGCCCAGAAUAGAACGCACCUACACAUACAAAACUACAGUUGAUAUGUAACUUGUUGGGCCUUUUGUGAAUCUUACUAAAAUAUAUGUAGUACUGACUCAGCUGAAUUGUAAAGGAUCCAAAGUACUGAUGUACCAUGUAUUUGUAAAAAAAUAUGAUUAAUUAAAUUAAAUACAUCUUGAAGAACAU